UUUUUUUUUAUUCUAUUUUACUUGUAUCUUUCUCUAUGAGUUAUUCGAUUUUUUUCUAUGGCUCUCUUAUGUCAAAAAAUGUACUUUUAAGAGUUUUAUGUGGUCCUGAUGCUUCAGAUGAUGAAAGACUUUUAAAAUAUAAUUCAAUUCGGUUAAAACCGACAUGGUUAAAGGAGUACGGGAGAUCUGCACUGAAAGGUGAAGAAUAUCCAGCAAUGAUCUAUACUGGUAAUAAGGAUGAUGUCGUUCAAGGUAUUCUUUGUGAAAAUCUAACAGCAAACGAUCUCCAAGCAUUAGAUAUUUUUGAAGGAAAUGUAAUUAAAUUAUAUAUUUACAGUGGCAAAUAAUAUGUAUACAAAAUAUUUAACAUGUAGGAAUAUGAACGUAAGCCAGUCAAAGUAAUAGAAGAAGAGGCUGAUUUGGUAAUAACUCCUACAGAGGCUUAUAUUUAUGUUGGUAACCUUGACCUCUUAUCUUGGAAAGAAUGGAAUUUUGAUUAUUUUAUCAAUUCUGGUAAAGAGCAAGAAUGGUUAAACAGUCGUUGCGAAUUCUAUCACGUCGAUUCACUUUAUACAUUGUUGUAGUACAAUAAAAUUACAUAAUAGUUUUUUUAUUCUAUGUAUUUCACAUGCUUUUUUUUUUAUAUACACUUUAUCUCUCUCUCUUUCUCUUUCUCUUUCU